UAAAAGCCCAAUAAACGAGCCCAGAGUCUCGUGAUAUCAAUGGCUUUCGUCAUUAAACCUCGAGCACUUAGCAUUUCGCGCCCUAGUUUAAAUCGAGCUGCCCCGGUCGAAUCCGUUAAACCUCGGGCAUUUUGCCCUAAUUCUUAUCAGUCUCUGCGAUUUAGCUCUGGUUUGAUCGGAUUGUCAUCGAAUAUCCCCAAAUCAAGUGCACUGAAAGUUUCUUAUGGCGAAGCCUUUGCACCUAAAAACUCUGUAGGCUUAAAGAUGAUCUCGUGCUCAAGAAUUGUGUGUUCUGAACUAUCUUCUGAUGAGGAACCAUCUUCUCCUUCGUCUCCAGAUAAUAUUGAAUAUAAUGGGUCGUCCCUUGAGGAAGCAGGAUUUGAUCUAAGGCUACCAAGGAGGAGCUUGAUGGUUCAGUUCACAUGCGAUGCUUGUGGUGUGAGAUCUCAGCGUAUCAUAAAUAGAGUAGCCUAUGAAAGAGGGACUGUUUUCCUACAGUGUUCAGGUUGUGAGCAGUAUCACAAAUUUGUGGACAAUCUCGGACUUGUGGUCGAGUAUGACUUCAGAAUGGAUGCAGAAUCUGAGAACCAACAAGACUGAGAGGUUAUUAUAACUAAAAUGUAAUAUAUUGACUAGCAUCAAACAGAAGAGGCUCUACAUUACUUGAGUAGUUAAAUUUUUGUUCCUUAAAGAGAGUCUGUGUCCUUUAAAUUUGAAAUAUAUGUUAUAUUCAUCUCUGAU